GAGGCUCAGAGCGCUCGCUGUGGCUUCAGUACGGCUUCAGCCAUGGCCUCGCUCGUGAAGAAGAUAAUCAGCACUACUAAGGCCCCUGCACUGGGUCCCUACAGCCAAGCCGUGCUGGUGGACCGGACAAUGUACAUUGCAGGGCAGAUAGGGCUGGAACCUUCCACUGGGCAGCUUGUCUCUGGAGGGGCAAAGGAGGAAGCCAAGCAGGCUCUAAAAAACAUGGGAGAAAUCCUGAAAGCUGCAGGCUGUGACUAUGGCAAUGUUGUGAAGACUACAGUUUUGAUGGCAGACAUGAAGGACUACAAUGAUAUUAAUGAUGUUUACAAACAAUUUUUCAAGGCAAACUUCCCAGCCAGAGCAGCCUAUCAAGUUGCUGCUUUGCCCAGAGGGGCCAGAGUUGAGAUUGAAGCUAUUGCCAUUCAGGGACCUCUCCAAGAUGCUUCAGCAUGACUAUAAGUAGAGACUGGAUAUCUUACAAUGACGGUUUUUGAUUUAGUUAAUACUUCUCCUUUGUAUCAGAUUCCCACAGCUGACUAACAGCAGUUGCACACAGUUGAAAUCAGUAAACUUACUAAGGAAAGGUGUUUUCUUCAGGACUUACAAUGAGUUCUCUGCUGGCAAACCCUGAAAAGUGCCUAAAAUCAGCUGAGCCAGAUUGCAGGACAGGCCCUGCCCUUUGUGGAGGUGACUGGAUAUUCAGGUAUUAAGGUACAUACUUGGGUGAAUGUAUUAGAGUUGUACUAUGGGUGAUCUGGACAUGGAAAACUAUACUGAUUUGCUGUAGUGGGUUUUUAGGAACAAUUUUAAAUCAGAAAAAAUGACAAAUGAGAAAAUGGAACACUUGAAUUGCUUAGCACUCAUCUUCUGAGAAAUUUUACUUUAUUUGCUUCUGAAUUUUUUUAACUUCUUGCUUCAUAUAAUAGAUUACUGUUGGGACUGAUGUUUUCAUAUGUAAGCGAUUGCGUGAGAAAGUUAAUAUUAAUUUCAGAAGGAAGAAAAUUAUGCUUUUCUGAAGUAAAGCGGUACCUUUAUAAAUUAGAUGAAAAUUAAUAUCUACCUGUAACCUUUUUCAUAGUCCUUUUUCAUAGCAAUUCAACUUUGACUAUGUUUUGAUUUUAAAAAAAGCAACAAAAAUUAAAAAAAUGUUU